GCUCAUGACAGGACCAUGGUCCAAGAGCAGGCAAACAGUGCAGGGCUACAAUCCAGGAUGUGCAGGGAUGAAGCAGCAGCAGCAGCAGCAGCAGCGCAGGUACAGUUAGAGAGCCUGGGAAAAGGCAAAGGCGCCGGGGAUCAUCAGGGGAACAACGGACAAAAUAGACAAACUGACAUCUUUGAACCCAUCACUGUCGCCGUCACUACGAGAGAUACCCUUGAAGAAGCCCGAUCCGGUCAGUAGACAAGACACACGGCAUGCCACCGUCUCCCGCCAAACCGGCCUAGCGAGCCCAGCAGCCAUCUCUUCCAGAGCCCUCUCUGCCAAAAACAGAGUGUUUCCGACUUUAGCGACCGCGAGACCUUGAUACAAUCUUUCUAGUCACGGCACCUCCCCUGUUCGUCGCACCUAAGGAUCCCUCCCCCAGUCGCGCCCCCAUCAAUUGCCGCCAGCAACACUACUUCAAGUGAUCCGUUUCAUUAUUAUUACUACUUUCUUCUCCCUAAUACUCCUUCAUAUUUCUUAUCGAUUCAGUUUGAGGCAACGAUACGGCAUCCGUAUACCAUGAGUUUCGAAUAGUUGUUUCUAUGCGGCUCACGUCGAGUCGACCAUCACUUGCCACCGUUGUUUCGGCGCAGCGGUCGUCGUCUCACUGAUAUUGAGCAAUAGCCCGCCAAGUUCAUCUCCAUAUGCACGGGGCUUGAAACCCCGGCUGGUUCUAUCGACGAUCGUUUGUUUUCAUACUGUCCUCUGGUUUCCGGCCGAGUUCAAGCACGAGCCAUUGCAUCCUCCUUAAGAUUCGGCCCAAGCCCCGGAUCAGCGUUGAUUAUUUGCGCAAUAGCCGGCGUGGCUAGAGCGUAGCCUACAGACAUCCAAACUGUCUCUAGGCACAACCGCUUGAGACCCGGCGAAACAACCCUCUAGUAGAGGGAUUCUUGAGGAAUACUGCCACGCGCUCCUACGAGUCCUUGAGAAGCUCACUUCACAUCACACCGAAAUGUCUCCAGCCAUGACCACGAUGGCUCCGCCGCGUCCGACAGUAGGUGCAGACAAUUUCGACAUGACGAAGCUGCAGAAGUCUCUAAAGCAGAGGCAGCGUCUCUCCGUUCGCAACAGUCCACAUGUCGCCAAGCUGACCGCGGCCGAGAUUCGUUCGUUGAACCAUAGUGCCCUCGCUUCGCAAGCCGGUAGUGAACCCAGUUCAAAGGCAGCGUCUCCUUCCAGGUCGAGACGCUCGACUACGGCAACUCCCCCAGCAAGUCCUGAUCACUCGUCAGCGCGAGAAGGCCGACGUCCCGAGGGUCACCUCUCCAGAGAAUCAAGCUUCAAUGUCCCCAGUACCCCAGUUACACCGAGCGAACGACGAGGCUCAUCCAGGUCCAGUGCUCAUGGCCGUACUCCUGCCGUUGGUGAGCAUGAUGCCACGCUCCAAUCCCCACGUCCUCGAGGAUCAGCUCAAGCUGCAUUCAUGGUGGCCAAUGGGAUGUCGUCUCGUCCGUCGAGUUCAAGAUCUUCCAGCUACCGUGGCCUCGCCACCUACAGGGGACAUGAAGUCACCAGGACUGGGUCUAUGAACAUGCUUCAACGGCCUCCAGCCGAUAUUGUAGCGAACCCAUUGUCUUACUUCUCGCGGCCAAGACAGAGCAUGGUCGGCACGUCACCAGAGAGACGACGGCAUGGCUCACAGGAUUCUGGUAUUGAUCGUCCGCGGAGUGAGCGCAGUGCUCGCACGGCUUCCCUUGCCAGCACCACCACUACGCCGUCCAGACCUGUGAGCCCGCCCAAAGUGACCGAUUCCCCUACUUCAAUACAUGUUAAUGAUACCUACAAAUUUCCAGUUGUGGACGUCGAAGACCCUCACAAUCAGCCAAAAAUUCAGAGUGAUGAGGAAGGACAUCGAACCGAGCGCAAUGACAAAACGAAUCAUGAAGAAAGGCAAGAUCGGCAAGCGCAACCCGAUGUCGAGCAGACUCAACCUCAUCAAAAAGAAUCACCGAAGAAGGAAUCGAAGAAGAGGUUCACUAUCAUUGGUGGAGCUCUGUUUGGAAAAGAGAAGAACAGCGUGGAUGGAUCAGACAGUAUCAACAAGUUGAAAAAGAACAGACGACGAACGAUGUCGUGCCCGGAGGAGGGCGGGGCCAAGAAGCCAACAACUGAAGGGCCCAGCCAAGGGCCGGUUGAGCAGUCGAAGCCGGACAUCGAAGGGACUGCUGAUGAUGAUUUUGCGACGCAUCCGGCCGUCCGUUCGCUAUCUCUUAUCAUUCCGGGUGAAUUUAAGGGGAAGGAAAAGGAAAUUGAUGCCGGACCUGUAUACGCUCGGUGCUCGUGCUGCGGCAAAUUGAAACGUCCACCUGGUUAUAGCAGCGAGCUUAGCCCCGUGCUGGAAAACGAAAACCUAAGGACAAACUUCAGUUUCGAAAUCGAAAGGACUUCUCCCACUGCGCAAAGACGAAGCUCCGAUGCUAGCCGGGACAAGUUCAAACCGAUCAUACCCAUGCAAAUUAGUGAAAGCGAGGCACGUCAAGCGACAGUCGAGCCGUAUAAAGGUGCGGCCAGCCCAGUCAGACGACCAAGUCCUGCGGAUAUUCCAACCCCAAGAAGGUCAAAGAAACACGCUACUCCUCCCAAUUUCGUCCGCUUCGGGAGUUUACAUGGCCGACGAAGCAGCGAUCCAACGGUUAUCAACGAAGAGGAUGAGAUCGAGGAUCAAUGCGAGAUGUCCCUGAUUGAAGAUGAAGAACGAACCCCGAAGGCUCGUGAGAUGGAACACCACUAUAAUACUCCACUUGUGGUCCAAGCGGUCCCAGCAAAUCGGCCCGUCGUUGAAUAUGGCGGCCAACGGACGUCCAUCGAAGCCCAGCUCAGCACUGGCACGUCACCUCUGAUUACAGGAAAUGCAACAUUUGCGGCCCCGUCCCUCCCCGCGGCACGUCCGGAAUCGACCAGCGCCACCACCACCAAUCUCCGCAGCCAACCAAGCCAGGAGGAAGCCGAGCGCACGCCACUACUGGAGGCUGAACAGGUACAAGAACAAGAAGCCCUACGGCGAACGCCAACCUAUCCAGAAGAGCAGUUGAGGCCAUUGCUCAGUCUGCCUGAACCAUCGUUCGGACCACAGUUUAUUCGAAGCAACACUAUAGUAAGGAUGAGUAUGGGGCUGGAUAUGUCUGAUGUCGGUGUCGUUGACCCCAACAAUCCUCACGCGGCGGCUGACGCUCGAUCACGGUCAUUGAAACCCGAGCGGCUGCAAAACGGCCAGAAAUGGAUGGCCGAGGUCAUGGCCGUUUAAUUAAGAGAGCCGGUUUCGAGCGGUCAUUCCAACCCAACCUCAUCGAUGCAGAAUUGAUAUCACAAAUCAGAUGUCAAGAGAGUUCGGCAACCUCUUUGACUGAGGCGCCUCUUUUCCUUUGCCCUUGUCCAGCUGAACCGAGAUGAUUCGGCAGAGGCAAGUGAGAUGUUUGUCACCGGGAUGAUGAAUUGGCUUCGGCAGGCCGUUCUCCAGAAGCCACAUGCGAAGCAAUCCGCUCGACCUUUUAUUUUUGGUGGACAGAGUCGGAAUGUUGGCGGGGCGGCCAUAGCCAGCUGCAAUACCGUCGCUCUGGCCGGGGGCACUGGAUGGGGCGCGGCAGCUGGGGUCCGAAUCGCUGCCGGCGGUGUGACCCAUCUGUUUGCUCUGUAGCAAUUGGCCAGGGCCAGGGCCCAAAGUUGCCUCCUUUCUUGACCUUGACCUCGUGAAAGAUGUGGUCUUUUUCUUCUUUGAGACUCUUCGAAGGAGUCGAAGCGAGGGAUCGUGCCGGCGAACUUGGGCCAUACAGGGCCUGGGACCAGAGGCGUUCUGGUGGAGAGGGAGCUGGACUGGGCGGCUGCAGAUGCCCAUUUGCUCUGCAUGAGCGCACCAGGUGCGUUCGCCUUCUUCACCUGUCACAUGGCUCUGGCUUUGCUGGAGAAGGCGUGUUGUCGAAGAGAGAAUUUGGCGAAUCUGGUGUCUGAUUCGCUGAAGAGGGAGAGACAGGCGCUGGAGUUGGAGUUUUGGCCGCCGGUUCUGGUGCCGGGGUCGGUGUCGAUGUUGUUUGGCGUUGCUGUUGCCCACUUGCUUUGGAGCAACGCUCCAGGCGCCUUCCUUUUCGCCUUACCUUCUUCACAACCUUUGACUUAGCUGGAGAAGGCGUGUUGUCGAAGAGAGAAUUUGGCGAAUCCGGUGUCUGAUUCGCCGAAGAAAGUUCGCCGAACAGAAAGCAGUGGAGGACAAGAAACCAAGCCCGUGAAAAGAACCGCAUGGAUGGAGGGCGAGCGAGCGACUGGGAACCAUCAGGAACGCACCAGCCAGGCCAGGCCAUGCCAUGCCAUGAUAUCCUAGGGUGGAAUUCGAGGUCCCGACCAAUUUCGAACGACCCAGGUCCGUCGGUAUACCAUCUAUCUAUCAUUAUCAUUUUGGAGCUGUGUUUUUCUCCCUUUGCAGAAAACCGCCCCUUCAGUGACAGACAGGACGAGGACCCCGGCCAGCAUAUAAUGAGGUGGACAGGGGACAAACAGUCAAUCCUUUUCAGGUUCCGCUCGGCAUGACACGAGGUCAGGCGAUAAGUUUAAGUCAUGAUGUGACGCCCGUUGAAAGUCACCUGGACCGCACCGGAGAGAAACCGGCUUUGGGUUGUGUUAACUGCCAAUGGGAGCCAGUCAUCGCCAAAGAUUGGAUAUGUAUGUGACCCCCGACACCGACAUCAAGACUUCAAGGGUGGCGAGGGCAAGGGCAAGGGGCAAAGAAAGAGGAAAAGAUGAUGUGAUGGUCUACGGUUGUAGACUCUUGCAAGGUAUAUAGUAUAGUAUCUAUUGAUACAUAGAAAAAUCCCAAGGGAGAAGAGACUAAGUUACGAUGCCCAGCAUAUAUAGGGUAUAAUAGCAACUAAUAUGCUCUUCCAAGCUGAUUUAUCAACUUGAAGAAAAUGAUAAUGGCAAACUUUUGUGGAAUUUAUUUCACAAUCUCUUCAGGCAUUGAUUGCUACAACACUGCAUGUGGUGAUGGCGAGUAUAUACUGCAUCCACAUACUUGAUGGCAGU